UGCUGGAAUGGGUAACUUGCUAAAAGUCCUAACAAGAGAAAUCGAGAACUAUCCGCACUUCUUCCUGGACUUUGAAAAAACCAGAUGGGGAAUCUGUUAAAAGUGCUCACUUGCACAGAGCUUGAGCAGGGACCAAACUUUUUUCUUGACUUUGAAAAUGCCCAGCCAACAGAUGGAGAACGUGAGGUGUGGAACCAGGUGAACUCAGUCCUUCAGGACUCUGAGAGCAUCCUGGCUGGUCUGCAGGCAUACAAAGGAGCGGGACAGGAAAUCAGAGAUGCCAUUCAGAACCCCAACGAGCUGUCUCUGCAGGAGCGGGCCUGGACCUCCGUUUGCCCGCUCGUCAUCAACCUAAAGACGUUCUACGAUUUCUCCAACAGACUCGAAGAUGCUCUGAAGAGUCUGCUGGAGUCCCUGACAUGCCCCCCCCUCACCCCCACCCAGCACCUGGAGAGGGAGCAGGCGCUGGCCAAGCAGUUCGCAGAGAUCCUUCACUUCACGCUGCGCUUUGAUGAACUCAAGAUGAGGAUUCCUGCCAUCCAGAAUGAUUUCAGCUACUACAGACGGACCAUCAGCCGAAACCGGCUGAACAACAUGAAUCUGGACAUUGAGAACCAAGUCAACAAUGAGAUGGCUAACAAGAUGUCUCUGUUCUACGCUGAGGCCACGCCCAUGCUGAAGACACUCAGCAACGCCACCACAAACUUUGUCACUGAGAACAAGACUCUUCCUUUGGACAACACCACAGACUGUCUCAGCACCAUGGCCAGCGUCUGUAAGGUCAUGCUGGAAACACCGGAAUACUCCAGUCGUUUCAGCAGCGAGGACACGCUCUUGUUCUGCAUGAGGGUGAUGGUGGGCGUCAUCAUCCUUUAUGAUCACGUGCACCCUAACGGUGCCUUUAACAAGUCCUCCAAAAUAGAUAUGAAAGGCUGCAUCAAAGUCCUGAAGGAGCAGCCGGCAGAGAAGGUCGAGGGCCUCCUGAAUGCACUCAGGUUCACCACAAAACACCUGAAUGACGAGUCCACUCCGAAGAACAUCCGGACGAUGCUCCAGUAACGGUUUCUUUGUUCAAUCCAAGCAGAAAGGAAGCGGCUCGUGCGCUGACCUCACAUAAGAUGUACAUGUUUACAUUAUUUAAAAGACACGAUGUUAAUAGUUUUGUGUACUUUGGAAAGGACUCUGAGGACAGAGUCCUGCUGUCAUAUACUGUUUGUAGAACACUGAGCUUCUUCAGAAGCACCUUGAAGUAGAUCCAGUCUCCGUCAAUGAAACGUGUUCAUUUAAAUCUGAUCUAUGUUGGGGACAGUUUCUGUCCAGACUGGUUGCUAGUUGUAAUCCAGACUAUCGUACAAGAGGAAGAUGAUCAGCACAGAAUGUGCUCUGAGAACAGCACGCACGUAAAGAAGCCACUUUGCAGCGUGGUUCUGUGAGACAGGCCUACAUAUACAUAUCUUACCUGUUGCAGAUGGCUCCUUGAAUGACCCGAGUGUAAAGAAACAAACGUUUGACAAUCUCUCAUCAUGAAAUGGCUCCAAGGUGUUCUUCAUUCAAACACUGUUUCAUAAGCCGUCGCUGCUUUUACAUUUCACCAUCUAAUAAUAAUAACAAUAAUAGUAAUAGUAGUAAUAAAAAUAAUAAUUGUAGUA